ACCUUCCGCUUCCUGCUGGCUUUCGCCUUGGCGGGCGUGAUGAUGAACACCAGUACCCUCCUGAUGGAGUGGACGGGGGCCCCGGCCCGGACUCUGGCGAUGACCUUGAACUCCCUGGGCUUCAGCUUUGGCCAGAUCCUGAUGGCCGCGGUGGCCUACGGGGUGCGGGACUGGAUGCUGCUGCAGCUGGCUGUCUCGGUUCCCUUCUUCCUCUGCUUCGCGUACUCGUGGUGGCUGGCAGAGUCGGCCCGGUGGCUUAUCAUCACAGGCAGGCUGGACCGCGGCCUGCAGGAGCUGCAGAGGGUGGCAGCCAUCAACCGGAAGAAGAUGGCGGAGGACUCGCUGACCGUCGAGGUCUUGCGGGCAGCCAUGCAGGACGAGCUGAGCGUGGGCCAGGCUUCGGUCAGCCUGGGAACCCUGCUCAGGGCACCCGGAUUGCGUCUCCGGACCUGCAUCUGCAUCCUGUGUUGGUUCGCCUUUGGCUUCACCUUCUACGGCCUGGCCCUGGACCUGCAGGCCCUGGGCAGCAACCUCUUCCUGCUCCAGCUGUUCAUCGGGGUCGUGGACGUCCCGGCCAAGAUCGGCACCCUGCUGCUUCAGAGGUGCCUGGGCCGCCGGGCCCUGCAGGCCUCGUCCCUGGUGCUGGCGGGGCUCUGCAUCCUGGCCAACACGCUGGUGCCCCAAGAAAUGAGGGCCAUGCGCUCAGCCCUGGCCAUACUGGGGCUGGGGGGUGUGGGAGCCACCUUCACCUGCAUCACCAUCUACACGGGCGAGCUGUUCCCCACGGUGCUCAGGAUGACAGCCGUGGGCCUAGGCCAGAUGGCGGCCCGCACGGGAGCCAUCCUGGGGCCUCUGGUCCGGCUGCUGGGCGUCCAUGGCCCCUCGCUGCCCCUGCUGGUGUACGGGACCGUGCCCGUGCUCAGUGGCCUUGCCGCACUGCUGCUGCCUGAGACCCAGGGCCUGCCGCUGCCCGACACCAUCCAAGACAUGCAGAACCAGAUGGUAAAGAAGGUGGCACAUGGCACGCCAGGGCGCCCUGUCCUGAAAGCCACGCGGUUUUAG